ACGCCAGAGCUGCUACAUCCGGGCUGCGGCGGCGGCACCUGCCGCGGCGGGGGCCUCGGUGACAUUGGGGCUCGGCGGCUGAAGGGGGAGGCAGCGCUGCGGAGCCCGCAGAGAGCGAGAUCUUCGCCCGCACCCACCGAACCACCACCACCCCGGCACCGCCGCCAUGGUGCUCAGCACCAUCCUCACCCACGCGAAGAAGCACCCUGCCUUGAUCCCUCUGUUUGUGAUCAUUGGAUCUGGAGGUGUUGGCGCAAGCCUGUAUCUCAUGCGUUUGGCGAUGUUCAACCCUGAUGUUAGCUGGGACAAGAAAAAUAACCCAGAACCUUGGAACAAAAUGGCUCCCAAUGACCAGUACAAGUUGUUCUCGGUUAAUAUGGACUACAGUAGACUCAAAAAGGACCGUCCUGACUUCUAAAAACACAACAAUGUCCAUAAGCUGCACAGAAAGGUCUUCCGGAAGCUGUUCGCACAAGUGUCAUGCUUCAUCAUCCAGGAAAUAAUUAAAUUUGCCUCACACAGCACCAGGUUAUGUGUUUGAAACUGUUUUGACGAGGCUUAAUAAAUGUUUAAAACUUGAA